AUGCCCGGUGGUGUGGGUACGACUGCCGACUAUAAGCUUCAUAAACUACGCCGAAAUUCAUUGGUGCCCUUUUUCAGCAAAAGGAACAUUCUUACCUUGGAGAACCUGAUAGCCGAGAAGGUUGACCAGCUAUGCGGGGUUAUUGAGACUCAUGCCUCCACGGAGACACCUGUCAAUCUAUCAGACCUUUUCUUUGCUUUGUCCAACGAUGUCAUGACAAAUUUCCUCUUCUCACAUCAAGUCGACGUGCUAGGGGACGAGAAGGACGCUGCGACUCUGCGCCAUAACAGCCACAACCUACUACAGGGUGUUCAUUUGAAUCGCCAUUUCCCUUUGAUUCCCGAUCUAAUGGAGUCUCUCCCCGAAUUCAUCAGCAAGCCAAUGAUGCCUUCUAGUCUACUAGAUAUGCACGAGCUAUUUGGUUUGAAGAGCGAGUAA